GUGAGUGAAGGGAUGGGCGAAUGGCUCAGUUCCUGGCUGAGCCUGUCAAGUGAUUUCUCUGGGAGUGACUCAGAGAAACUCCAAGGAACUGAGGACUGACUUCCAUGUGCGAUGUUUACCCAGCUCUAUGUCUUUAUUAAGAAUCUGAUUCCUCUUUGUCCCUCCCCCCCUUCUCUAUUGCCGGUUCACAGACUCAGCCCCCCACCUGGCAGAAAUGCCACACCCCAAACACCUGCUUUCAUCUUCCUGCCUCCACCCACAGUGUCCCUGUGCCCGCAGGUGCGGCCACACCUGCUGGUCAGAGUCACCGGGGCUCCGGAAGAGGAAGAAGCCGCCACCUGGUGGCCCUUCGGUAGAAAUAAGCAGCUCCUACCUCCUGGGCACGGCAGAGGCGUGGGCUCUGUGCCUUCAACCGCGCGGGUGCAGGGCUUCCCAAGCCGACAGGAGGGAGGUCACUCGCCGAGUCAUGGAGCUGAGAAGCAGCGGUGCCCGGAGAGACGGCUCCAGGACUCAGGGCUCUAGCAGGCUGUUCGCCUGGAAGCGGGCACCCUACUGACGGUUUGUAGCGGCAGAAGCUCCCCUGUAGUUCGCACUCAGGCCCGCCCGCCGCCAGCUGUCGCCGACAUGGAAUCCGUGGCCAGCAACAUCCAGGUCCUGCUGCAGGCGGCCGAGUUCCUGGAACGCCGCGAGAGAGAGGCUGAGCACGGAUACGCGUCCCUGUUCCCGCACCGAAGUCCAGGCCCCGUCCACAGAAAGAGGAAGGGAUCCCCCCAAGCUCUUGGCGCGUUGGACAGUGGGCGGUCUGUGCACAACGAGCUGGAGAAGCGCAGGAGGGCCCAGCUGAAGCAGUGCCUGGAGCAGCUGAAGCAGCAGAUGCCCCUGGGGGCUGACUGUGCCCGAUACACCACACUGAGCCUUCUGCGCCGGGCCAGGAUGCACAUCCAGAAGCUGGAGGAGCAGGAGCAGCGGGCCCAGAGGCUCAAGGAGCAGCUGCGCAGCAAGCAGCAGAGCCUGCAGCAGCAGCUGGAGCAGCUCCGGGCGCCGGCGGGGGCUGGUGAACGGGAGCGGCUGCGGGCAGAUAGCCUGGACUCCUCAGGCCUCUCCUCUGAGCGUUCUGACUCAGACCAAGAGGAGCUGGAGGUGGACGUGGAGAGCGUGGUGUUCGGGGGUGAGGCCGAGCUGCUGCGGGGCUUCAGUGCGGGCCAGGAGCACAGCUACUCACACAGCGGCGCCUGGCUAUGACCCUUGCCACCCCGGAGCGUGCCUCUGCCCUCAGACCACCUCUGCUCCACUCAGCCGGGCAGGAGCCCUCCCCAAGCCUCAAGGGCUGCUCAGUCACCUCCUGUUGGAAUGGACUAAAAGGACCUUGGUGUGGGAGCCCGUGUUCCUCCUGCCCCUCCGCUGGCUGCUGCAGUGCCUCCGGGGGGAGAGGGGAGAGAGGAGGGGGCCUGGCCUCCCCUGAGCCCAGCACGACAGGCAGCUUAGGCCUGGGCCACCCUUCCAGGCCUUUUUUGUAGCACUUGGUUCUGUUGUCCCCACAGGGACAGGAAGCCUCUUGGGCCCAUCUCCACAUUUCUUCCUAGACAAGGCCCCCUGGCCUUUGCCCCAUAGAUACUGUACAGUGUUUUCAUUAAAAGGCUUUCAUCAUUU